AUGGCGUCAAGCUUAGCUGUGAGGAGAAGGUUUUCCAAGGAUUUGGAAGCAAACUGCCUUCAGAUCAAUUCAGAGCAGUUAACGAAAGUGCAAUUAGCAAAAGGAGCAGGCAGGAAUAAUCUUCUAGUAAUAGGUAGAUUUAGCAACGAAGUUGAAGCAGCAAGAGCUCAUGAUUUACUCUCCCUGAAGUACUGGGGAGAUGAAGCAAAAACAAAUUUCCCAAUAAGUAUGUAUGGGAAAGAAGUGAAAGCCAUAGCACACAUGACAGAACAAGAAGUACUAGCUUACAUUAGAAGGUAA